GGCUGGUGCGAAAGCUGCUGAGGGAGGAGGCGCCAUCCCGCAUCGCCGCCCUCACCGAGGAGCUCUUCCAGGCGGCGGGGAGCAUCUCUGAGGAGGAUGGGAGCGCGGCUGAGGUUGAAGAGACCGCAGUAAGCCUGUGGAACUGGGCUGUGACCAAACACACGGGUUCUGUUGUUAAUGAUGAGCAAAGAGCUAAACUACGGUUUGUUGCUUGCAGACUGGUGUGCCUUUGUGAAGGCAGUGAUCCUCCAGAGGGAACUAUUCGAAGACAGAUUUUGAUGUCUAUGAAAACUGGGAAAGGAUGGAUAGAUAUUGGAAAAGCUGAUCUUGCAGAUGGAUUUCUAGAGAUUGCAAUGAGUAGUAUAGAAAAACUAUAUGCGAAGUUACUUAAGGGGAGCGAUGGUGAAGCAGAUAUUCACGUGCACAGAGCUGAUGUGGAGAAGAACCUCUUCAAAGUACUCUCUUAUCAGGCUGAAUCAGCAGUUGCUCAAGGGGAUUUUCAGAAAGCAGUGAUGUGCGUGCAGCGCUGCAAAGAUAUGUUGAUGAAAUUACCAAAAGAGACUUGUUACCUGUCAAUCCUCUGUUACAAUUUUGGAGUGGAAACCUAUGAAUGGAAGAGGUAUGAACAGAGCUCCUUCUGGCUCAGCCAGAGUUACGACAUUGGGAAGAUGGACAUGAAAUAUUCUGUUGGCAAAGAAAUGCAGGCUAAAGUGCUGCGAUUGUUAGCUACAGCCUAUUUCGAGUGGGAUUGCAAUCUGUAUCUUGACAAGGCAUUGAAGGCUAUAAGCUUGGCAAAUCAGGAGAAUUUGCAUCCAGCAGGGUUUUUUUUGAAAGUUAAAAUUCUUCUUAGAAGUGGAGCAUCAGAUGAAGAUAUCAACUCAGCUGUUGCAGAAUUCCUGCACCAUGAGAUGUCUUUAGACUUUUGUUUGAAUACUGCCAAACUGCUGCUGGAGCAUGGAAGGGAGUCAGUUGGUUUUGAUUUUCUGAAAUCUGUUCCUGAACGAUUUGAAUCUUCACCUGACCUUGGAAAAAUUACCCUGCUCCACAUCGAGUUCCUGUUGCAGAACAAGAGGGAACUGCUUGCUAAGCAAAAGGUUGAAGAAGUUAUUAUAGGUCAUUAUACUGGGAAACAGCUGUUGCCUGAAGCCUUGAACCAGCUGCACAUUAUCUUGUGGGACAGAGCUGCCAAACAUUAUGAGGCAAAAAGCUAUUCUGAAGCUCUUCACUGGUACAAUUACUCUGUCAGCUUCUACACACCUGGGCAGAUAGAUCAGAACUUGGCUAAGCUGCAAAGGAAUAUGGCCUCUUGCUAUCUUCAUCUGAAACAAGUUGACAAGGCUAAAGAAGCAGUUAAAGAAGCAGAGAGGUGUGAUCCAAACAGCAUCUUUACUAAAUUCAGUGUCUAUAAGAUUGCAGUGAUGGAGAAAGAUACUGAUAAAGCUGUGGAAGCAGUUAUUGAAAUGGGGAAGCUAGCAGAAAAGCCAUCUCAACGUGAAGAAAAGCUGAGAGUGGAUGAAAAUACAGGCACUAACCUCCUGAGUUUAGCUGCCCAAAUUGCUUUAGAGAAUGAACAACAGGUUGUGGCUAUCAAAGCUUUGAAGUAUUUGUCUGAACAUUUACAGGACUGCCGACAAUUAUUUGCAGCUUUAAA